UGGUGAUUGAGUAACUUUAAAGUCUCAGACUACUCCGACCAGUAGUCAGCAGCCAUUUUCGUUGUUGCUUCAGAAAACUAAUUUAGAUAUAUCAGCAAAUAUAAACUCGGAAGAAAACACCUACAGAUUUAAAUCAGUGGGCAGAAACCCACGAAGCUUCAGGAUGAGCUGAGUUUUGCAUUUUCAUCCAGGAAGCAGAGAGGUGGAACGUUUCCACACACACUUCCUGAUUUGCAGCUUUAUAAGUCAUCUUCGUUGUCUCUCCUCCUCGCCGACGCCGAUAGAGCAAAACUAAAGAAGAUGAGCAAGCAGCUGAUUGUCCUGGCUGCUCUGAGCCUCUGCUGCUGCUUCAGCAUCCUGCACGCUUCUUCCAGAUCUGGAUGUCGCUGCUUACGGACGAUCUCUCAACCCGUCCGCCACAACGCCGUCGCUAAAAUCGAGGUGACCCCUCCAUCAGGGCGGUGUCGCUGGACUGAAAGGAUCAUCUACAGGAAGAGAGGCCCUAAAGUUUGCAUCAGUCCAGAUGCUAAAUGGUUCCCAGAAUACAUGAAAAACUUUGACCGGAAUGACGAGAGCUUCCACUCGACUCCUCUUCCUUUUUCUACAACAAAUCACUGAUUAACAUCGAGAAGACGACGUGCUCUAACUCAUGUUUCCGUAACAUUACAAACAAAUCUGCAUGAAACCAUAAAGUUGUAAAUAUGUGAAACUUUUUAAAACCAAAAUUAUUUACUAAUCAUCAGAUUCUGGCUGUUUUAGAAACUUUUAACAUGUUUUAAUAAAAAAAUAACAAGAAAAA